GCACUGCUUUGUCCGUGUAAAGCAUUUUGUGUUACGUAAUUGUCUGAUUGAUUGAGUUUAGUUACCGUUAGACAGAACUGAGCGAGCGAGUUUCCAGUCUUUAAGCUAAGCUGAGCUAAGCUAAGCUAAGCUAAAUGGCCAGUUGAUUAGUUGUAUGGGAACAGUCUCCUCAUGUACAGAAAACCCUGAUGGUACAUCUCUGAUAUAAAAGCAGCUGCGCAGACUUAAUGCAUCUCAUUUGAAAUCCUCUGCGGACCCUCGUCUGGACGCCUCUUUGGGAUCUUCUCAUUUGACUUUUCUAGAUUAAAACACACAUCAGUGUAAAACCAAGAUGAAAAAUAUUCCAUUGAUCUGCGCAGCGUUGACGGCAAUGGUGUUUGCUACAGGUGAGUCUUUGACCUGUGACACCUGCAAAAUGAAUAUCGCAGGUAAAUGCUUCUUCGGCUCGACUGAGGUCUGCCGCGACUCUCAGCCCAACUGCUACUGGGGGAAACUGGCGUUCAACGUCAGUAGCUUGAUGACCAUGAAUUCUCGAGGCUGCCUGGCUUCGUCUCAGUGCAACAAGACGGAAACUGGGAGCCUCCUGACGGCCGGAUACACCAUCACCAGGACCUGCUGCUCCACUGACCGCUGUAACGGAGCCACAUCUGUCCAGCUGCCUCUCACAGCUGCACUGGGAGCCGCCAUAAUAGCGUCUUGUACCCCAUGGGCUUUUUGAAAAAAAAAAAAAAACAACAUGGAAAAAUCUUAAUCAACCUUCUGUAAUUAAAGAAUUACAUUCAACUGUAAUGUCUUGUAGUGCAUAAAUGUGGGGUUUUCAGAGAGUGUAGACACAAUGUAUACAAUAAUGGUUUAAUCAUUAAAGGUGUCUUUAACUGUGU